UACUUCUCUCCUUCUCUUCCCACUUCCCAUUCCCUCCCUCACGUACCUAAAGUAUAAUACCCAUUACCGUCCACCGACGAUAAACCACACAGAAACGAAACCCUUUCAAGAAAGAAAGAAAUGAGAAAGCCGGCACCGGGAUCUUCAUCGGCGGCAGCGGCGGUGGGGGCGACGAUGGCAGUUGGGUCUUCAUCGUCGACGACUAAGACACCGUGCUGUAGCAAAAUAGGGCUGAAAAGAGGUCCAUGGACACCUGAAGAAGAUGAGCUUCUCGCCGAUUACAUCAAAAGAGAAGGAGAAGGACGGUGGCGGACGCUACCGAAGCGAGCGGGUCUACUCCGUUGCGGUAAAAGCUGUCGUCUUCGCUGGAUGAACUACCUUAGACCUUCCGUGAAGCGUGGCCAGAUCGCUCCUGAUGAAGAAGAUCUCAUCCUUCGUCUUCAUCGUCUUCUCGGCAACCGGUGGUCUUUGAUUGCUGGAAGAAUCCCUGGACGUACAGAUAACGAAAUCAAGAACUACUGGAAUACCCAUCUCAGCAAAAAGUUGAUUAGCCAAGGAAUAGAUCCAAGAACACAUAAGCCAUUAAACCCUAAACCUAAUUCAUCACCACCACAUCAGCAAGAACAGCCACUGGAAGCUCCUCGUCCACCUCCACCUCAACUUCAACCUCCUGCACCAAAAGUUUCAAACCCUAAUCUUGAAUUUGCUGGUUAUGUAGAUGGCGGCAGAGAUGAGAAUAAUUGGCAGAACUCAGAUGGAUUGAUGAUAGGAAGCCAUGGAAACAGUAACGACGACGACGGCGGAAUGGAAUACUGUACCGACGACGUCUUCUCUUCCUUCUUCAAUUCUAUUCUCAAUGAAGAGUUAUUUGUUAGCCAACAACAACAGCUUCAGCAGCAUCAGCAGCAACCAUUAACACAGUCUGUGGGGAUUGCACCAAUAGAUCCUUUAGUCUGGGAGGCUGCACUUACAUCUUCAGCAACUAAUGCUUUCAAUAAUGAAGAUGAACACAAGCGGCUUUUGGAUCACAUCAAUAAGCGUUUCUGAAUUGGGUUCUGCUGCAAAACCUGUUGUGAAAGUAGAUAAGAUGGUUGAAAGUAAAAAUAGUGUCUUUUGAGUCAUUGUUUGUUGUGAUGUAAUGGGCAGACCUUUUUGAUAUGCCUCUUCUAUUUUUUUCCUUUUUCUUGGUUUUGUUUCUUGUUCUUAUUAUUAUCACUGGUAUUGUAAUAUUAGUGGAUGUUGUUAUGUCUACAAACUAUGCAGAUUGAAAGAUUACUUAAAUAGCAGAUAUCCAUAAAAUUUGUGUUUC